AUGACGAUGAAAGUGAUUGCUUUCAAUCUUUGUUGGGAUCCUCUCUGCAUCUUAAGGGCAAGAUCAACUAUUAAUCAUUGGACUUUUACUUUUGGUACAAGAAAUAGAAAUUCUUUAACUGCGAAAAAUAGUUUGAUAUCUUUUGUUUCUUUAAUCGAUAAUUUUAAAAAUAUCAGUUAUUACGGAGAUGGAUCAAUUGAUAGUAUUAGAAAUGUAGCAUUAGAUAAAGUUCAAACUAUAUUAACAAAUGCUUACAAUAAAGGUAUUCCUUAUUAUGCUGAAGGAAUACUUCAUCAAGUAGCACAUCGUACAUAUCAAGAGAUGAUUAAAAAAAUAAAUGAAGAUAAGAAAAACGAAUACAAUUUAUUAAUGAAACGUUUAACUGAAGAAAUGUCAAAAUAUAAUGAUACAAAGGAACAAUUGGAAAAACAAAAAGAAAUAAUCUCAUUAAUGGAUAAAAAAAUAAACCAGAUUUUAGCUAAUAUGAAGAUAGAAUUUCCAGAAAGUGAAAGUAGCAUGGAAAAAUUAAAUAUUUUAUUUAGACAUACUAUUCAUAAAUAA